CUACGUGUACCGUAUCACUGCGCAGACGGCAAUGCAUCAAAGAACCAUAUUCUUCGCUCUUUUGCAGUGUACGGCAAUUUUCGCGUGCCAUCUGAAGUCGAAGAUUCCAAGAUCGCAACGGUCCAUUAUCGAAAUGCCGACGUUUUUCAGUGAUCGUUUCGCGCAGGAGCAGCGGUGCUCUGUAGUUGGCUACGAUGGACAGUACAGACAAAUUUUCGAAGAAACUGUUGAUGACAAACGCUAUAGUGGUAGUUAUUCGUUGCAGCCUAAAGCACAAUUGCCAGCUGAACCCGAAAAACUGCGGUGCGUGAGAAAUGAUGAUGCUUGGUGGUUGGCUGUAAUCGAAAACAUCAAUAGAAACAAUGAAAAAAUAUUACAACAUGAGAUAGAAACUAAAGAAACGUGUAGACAAUUUCGGUGGAUUUUAUCGUGUAGCCAAUAAAUUAGAUUAGCUUAUCAUAAAUUGAUAAUGUAUAUAAUUGUAUUA